AUGGCCUCCGAUUCCAAACAAAGUAAGUAUUUAACAGUUUAUUUACAUUAUAAUGGUUUAUUCGCACCAAAACCAUUAGUGUACUUGAACGUUGUUGUUGUUUCAAUCUGUGAUGUCGAUUUUGGUGCAAUGGAUUUCAAAGACUUUAACUUGUUCAUUGCAAAGUUGAUUGAAGGCAGUUGUGAUAAUGUAUAUUAUUGCACUAGAAAUGAACCAUUGGCAGAGGGUAUUAGGAGAAUUACGAAUGAUGCUGACUACUUUGAGUUUAUUGAAACGGGUUAUAGUGAUGAAGCCGGUCUAAGAAUGAAUGUGUAUAUAGACCACGAAAAUGAACCUGUACUUGAUUGGGCUGAUGAUGAAGGGCAUUAUUUCGACGAAGACCUGGAUGAUGAUAAAGAUUCACAACUUUCUGAUGAUAUUCCACAUGAGCAUGAAACAGAUGAUUACAUUCCUUCUCUUGACAAGACUAUUGGUGAUGAAUUCUUACAUCGGGUGUCAGGUAUGUGUAAGGAUAUAAAUGAUGAGGCUGAAACUGAUGAGGUUGAAACCAAGAAUGGAGAUGACAAACCAGUGUACCCUGUCCAUAAUGAGAACCAGAAAUGGGACAAAAUGGUGCCAAUUCUAGGUAUGAGAUUCUCUAACCCCAUGGAAUUGAAAAUUUGUUUGACUAACUAUGCAGUGAAGAAUGGGUACAACCUUUAUUUUGAGAAAAAUGAUAGUCAGAGGUUAUUAGUGAGAUGUUGUAAAGAGAACAAGAACCCCUCUUGUCCUUUUAGACUGUGGGCUUCCUGGAUGAGCAGUGAAAGGUCUUUCCAAAUUAAGUCAUUAGUUGAUGAACAUAACUAUUCAAAAGUCUUCAAACUUGGUUCCAUUGUAACAUAUAAAUGGAUUGGAAUGCAUUUUAAGAAUCAACUUCUGAAGAACCCUAUAAUGAGCAUAAGGAAAAUGAAGGCUAAAGUGAGUACAAAGUUUAACUUGAUUGUUAGUGUCACUCAAUGUAGAAAUGCUAGGAGAUAUGCUUUGGAUGAGAUAGAGGGUAGUUUGAUAGAACAUUAUGCAUGUAGGAGGGUAAUAGGGGUAGAUGGUUGUUUUUUAAAGGGUAUAUGUAGAGGCCAAUUGUUAGCAGCUAUGGGUAGGGAUGCAAACAACCACAUCUUCCCUAUUGCAUGGGCUGUGGUGGAAGUUGAAAAUAAGGAAACAUGGAAGUGGUUUCUUGACCUCCUUCUGGAUGACAUUGAAAUGGGAAUUGGUCAUGGAUUGACCCUCAUAUCAGACCAACACAAGGGAUUAAUAGAGGCUGUCAAAGAAAGGGUUCCAACAGCAGAGCAUAGACAAUGUGCUAGGCACAUCUAUGCUAACUUCAAGAAAAGUUUCAAAGGUGAACAAUAUAGGAAGUUGUUUUGGGCAGCAGCUGCUAGUACUACUCAACCAAAAUUUGAGGCAGAAAUGAAUUCCAUAAAAAAAAUUGAUCCUUUGGCUUAUGAACACCUCAUGGAAAGGGACCCUAAAAGUUGGUGCAGGGCAUUUUUUGAAGUGGACAGGGCUUGUGAUGCUUAUGAGAAUGGCAUAUCAGAAAGUUUCAACUCUGUUAUUGAUCUUGCUAGGAAAAGGCCACUCAUCACCAUGUUGGAAGAGAUAAGGAUUUAUGCAAUGGAGAGUAUGUAUAAAAUGUUGCAAGAGGGACAAAGUUGGGGGAAUUUAAAAAUAUGUCCAUCUAUAAGGUUGAAGAUAUCAAAACUAAAGAAACAGCAAAGAUUUUGGGGUGUUAUACCAUCUGGGAUACAACAAUAUGAAGUUAGGAUUGGAAAUGAUGGAUAUGCUGUGGACCUUAACAACAACACAUGUGGAUGUAGAUCUUGGCAAGUAUCAGGUAUCCCAUGUGUGCAUGCAGUGGCAGCCAUUUCAUACCUUAACAGGAAUGCAGAGGAUUAUGUUGCACCAUGGUUCCAUACAGCCAUGUUCUUGACUUGUUACAACCAUACCAUUAACCCACUUAAUGGUAGUUCCAUGUGGCCUGAAGCUCCCUACAUGAAGCCAUUGCCUCCUCAAAAAAGAAGGUUACCAGGAAGGCCAACCCUUAAAAGGAAAAAAGAUCAAUCUGAGAUGGAAAGCAAGGGGAAAACAAGGCAUACUAUCUCAAAAGCAGGUUCAAUUAAUAGAUGCAGUAUUUGUAGAGAAAGGGGCCACAAUAGAUCAACAUGUCCUACUAAACCAGCAGAUGUAGCAUCCACUUCAAGGCCAAAAAACAAGAAACCUAAAAAAUGUAAAAAAGAGAAAGGUAAAGUGGAACCAGUUCAAGUAGAUCUAGUGGAUCCAGUUCAAGUACCAGCUCCACAGGUUGAUCCAGUUCAAGCAGAUCCAGUGGAUCCAGUUGAUGUACCAGCUCCACAUGUUGAACCAGUUCAAGUAGAUGAUCCACAUCCAGAUGUUGAUGUCCCUGCUCAACCAGUUGCAACUAGGCAGAGGAUACGAAAAUACUCAGAAAGAAUUACCAAGAUAGGGUUGAGGAUGAAGGUUUUGAAGAAAGAAGGAAGCACUGGACACAACCCAAUGGUGUUGGAAUGA